GCUGGAAAAGCUUUGGCUCUGGCUUUGGCCAGGAAACGGUUCAGUCUACUUUGAGAUUCCUGGCCAGCAACGACACGACAUCCGACAGUGGCCGCGGCGCGUGCUCCAAAAAACAAAAAGGAAGGCUGGAAAAACGCCAGCAGCAAGGAGCUGUAGCUGUGGCUGUGGCUGUAACAGUUUCCACCAAAGUCUAGGAAAACAAGUCCGAAGGAGGCGCAUUUAAGUGGUAGCUUGCUUUUUUGGGCUAAGCAAGCGAUUCGUGCGAUUCUAUCCAUGUGCUGCGAGUAUAUCUGGCACGGACCCCUAUGAACACUAUGAACGAGGUCUGGCAAUGAUGAUAGUAGCAUGACGCGCGACGGAGAAAUUCCAGCCAUUUUCAAUCCGAAACGGGUCCGCACACCUGCCGUGGUAGUCACCGGAGACUCAUCGACAAAUGUCCCCUACAGCAACAAUAACAAUAACAACAACAACAACAGUGGGACUGGGACGGGCACGGGGACGGGGCCGGGGGCCAGCAGCAGCAGCUCGGGAGGCACAGCUGUCGCAGCAGGAGGGGGAGGUGGCACUGGCGCUGGAGCGACAGGCGGCUGCGGCUUCAGCAAUGUGCUCACAUCGAGCAAUCCGCAAAUAACCCACCAAGACUCGAUCUCGUCGAGCCAGCAGGAUCCCAAUGAGGUAAUCAUCAUACCAGCGGACACCCCCACGGGGCCACCCGGCAGCCACAAUGCACAACACCACUUCGGAGGCGACUCGAGUGACACGCAAACCGGACUCGACUCCCAGCAGCAGCAGCAGCAGCAGCAGCCGAAUGGCCAUGGGGAGGAGCCGGAGCUGCGCUUCAGAAAGCUGCAGGCCUGCAAGGAGUCCUGCUGCUCGGAGCUGGCCCGCAAGAUGUACUUCGGGGUGUGCGUGACCAUCCUGAUGACCGCCUCAUGGGUGGGGGCCACGCACUGCAUCAAGUACAUGUACAAGUACCGGGCGCCCUACGAUGACGUGCUCAACGAUGACCAGGACACGUCAUCGAGUCGGGCCGAGCUGAGCGCCGAGCUGGAGGAAAUAAUGGCCAUCAGCGACUCGUCGCUGCAUCACGUCGAGGACGCCACCGAGAUGUUCAAUAUACCACCGCGCCAACCCGUCUAUUUCAGUGCACCGUUUUUUGCCGCCUGGUUUUUUACCAACUUUUCACUGCUCUUCUUCCCGAUCUACAUCCUGGGCCUCGUUUCCACGCGCAAGUGCGACAAGCUGAGCGAGGUCCUGGGCGAUGUGCUGAGAGGAUUCCGGGAGCGCGGCUUCACCGUGGGUCGCUUCCUGAAUCGCUGCCUCUCGUUUUGCAUUUUGUGGCUGGUCACCACCUACCUGUAUACGCUCUCCCUGAACGUGCUCUAUGCCACGGAUGCCCUGGCCCUGUUCGCCACCAAUGUGGCCUGCGUCUAUCUGCUCUCCUGGGUGAUCCUGCACGAGCAGUUCGUGGGCGUUCGCAUUGUCGCCAUCAUUCUGUGCGAUACGGGAAUCGCACUGCUCGCCUACAUGGACGGCAUCACCGAGAGUCGGACUCUGAGCGGCGUCGUUCUGGCCACACUGGCCGGCGCCGGCUAUGCCGUGUUCCGGGUUAUGUUCCGCAAGGUGAUGGGCGAUCCGCCGGUGGGCCAAAUCGCCUUCAUUUUCACCGCCCUGGGCUUCCUCAACGCCCUCCUGCUCUGGCCAGUGGUGCUGGCGCUCUACCUGACUGGCACGGAAAGCCUCACAUCGGAGAGCAUACCCUGGAACCUGCUGCUCGCAGCGAGCGUCCUGCUCUUGGUUUUCCACGUUCUGAUGCAGUUCAGCGCCGCCGUAACGUACAACAUGUUUGUGACAUUGGGUCUGAUUACCGCUGUGCCCGUUUCUGGUGCCCUCGAUGUCAUACUGUACAGUGCCAACUUUGCGGGCAUGAAGCUGGCCGGGGUCAUACUGAUUGGCAUCGGGUUCUUCCUGGUGAUGUUCCCCGAGAACUGGCCCGACUACAUAACGCGACUGCUGCGAAAGAGCGUUCGAGCCAUACUCCGUUACCAAUGUUGUUGUGAAUUAGCCGAAAUUCGCUAUGCUCAUUCGAAGCAUCAUAAUGCUGGGUCACAACGCGAGAUGGGGUCGCGGCCCUCGGAGCGGUACUUCAACAGGUCAGCAUCCCACCACUAUCGAUUAUCGGACGGGAUACAUAAGGUCCCAUCUUCGUUCACCCUCUGGCCGUGUGAGAUGACUGAUCUAUCGCCAACAACCAGCGGGUACCUGCAUGGCAGCGUCAACGCACAGCAUCACCAGCAACUUUUACAGCAACAGCAACAACAGUCCCAUCAGCAGCACCACCGACAGCACCACCAGCAGCACCUGCAGCGCCAGCACUCGCACACCUCGCUCACCAAGAUCCAUCGCCAGAGCAGCAGUCACAGUGUCCAUGGCGGUGGUCGGUCGGUGGCUGCCGGCACCACGGGUCGACUAUUCUCCUAUUUUGGCAACGAGCACGAGCAUGAGCGAAAGAAGUCCGAGACGUCGUUCUUCAAUCUGGGAUUCCGACGGAAGUCCACGGUGGUCUAUUAUGCCCCAACCGAUUAGGGGGACGGGGACUCUUAGCUCAGGCAUAUCAAACAGUACGAGAAAAUACAAUCAUUCCGUGUUUAAGGAAUUAAUAGAUGUUUGCACCUUUAGGAGAUACAAUAUCCAUGUCGAGGUCGUAUCCGAUUAUACCAUAUUAUUGUCGUUGUUGUUGAUGUAAAAGUUUAUUCGGAACACAUGCAGUUACAAUUUUGCUCAAAUAUAACACAUUUAAAUGCUACAGUUACAGCUACAGAUACAGAUACCUGCACCCAUAUGCAGUUCAAAUCCGGUCAAAUGAAUCCAGGCUAUGGCCCACAAUCACGCCUAAGCCCAUGCCAUGCCACGCCACGCCACGCCUUCAGUCUCAAACCCAAACUAAAUGAGAAUGAAACCAAACCCAUGAAUCGAGCACCAAAACCAAACCAAAACGAGCUCAAAAGUGCCCCAAAUGUUAACUAUACUCGUAAAUGGUUCUAAUUUAAUACUCAUAAUUAUUACGAAAUUGUGUAAGGAAUCGAAGCCAAUUGUUUUUAGCAAUUAUAUACAUAUACAUACGUACGUGAAUAGUCAUGGAUAAUGUUUUAAAGUGGAUCCACUCAAUGGCACACCACACCUUAAGAAGGAAACGACAACGCUAGCCUCGAUCGAACAAGAGAGAACCCAAGUAACUUAAGGCAAUUAGUUUAUAGACUUUCAGCAACCAAAUUGAGAUUCACUUGGCUAAGGAAAACCCAUUAAACUGUAAGCUCGUAUACCCAAGAGGUUUUUCAUUUUAGACUCCGACUGUGUGCAUUUUGGAUUGGAUGUUUUGUUAGCGAGUCAAGAACAAAUUGAAGUAUUAGUAUUUUUUAAACGUUUAUGUGUUGUUCGUAAUUUGUAAUUCGAAGUGUUGUAGAGUCGAAAUGAAUCAACGAGGAAACUGUUGUAUUAACGUGGCCGGCUCUCGUAUGACCCCCCCAUUCGAGGAUCCAGUCUCUACACCUCUUCUGGGGCAUACAGACCUGAGCUAUAUUGUACUUUGUUGUGUAGCCACAUCCAAUAAUUGAUUUGUGAUAGUUUUUAAAAAUGUUUGAUAACCAACUGCAUACACAUACUGUAGCCCCCGACUUUUACCUGCCCGCCCACACACAGAGAGGCAACGGUGUAGCUGGGAUGUAUUUAGAACACACACAAAACUGAACACGAAAUAAAUACAUAGUUGAAAACAAGGA